AUGUCUCCUUUAGGGUUGGGUCCCCAGCAGGAUUUAUUUCUGCGUCAAGGCAGAUUACAGCUAAUAAGAUUUGCUCCUUGGAGGCUGUUGGCAUGUUGGGUCUUUCUGCACAGUGCUUUCUUAAAGGAGAAUAUGGACUCUAUUUGUCGUAUUUUCCUUCUUCUUCUGGCCUUCCACAAGAUAAAUCCAUCAGCUUCGUCUUGUGUCACAGGAUGCUCUUGUUCUCAAGACAGCUUUGGAAGGAGCUUGCUCUGCAUGUCUACAUCACUGAGGCAGAUCCCUGCAAACAUUCCUCAGGAUAUCCGGAAAAUCAGAAUAGAAAAUUCUCACCUAACAGAAUUGCCUCGUGGGUCUUUUGAGAAUGUUAGUGCCUUGGAGUAUCUCUGGCUCAAUUUUAACAACAUCACAGUGAUGCACAUUAAGAGCCUGGAAUAUCUGCCAGCUCUGAAGGAGCUGCGCUUGCAAGGGAACAAAUUAAGUUCGGUGCCAUGGACAGCAUUUCAAGACACUCCAGCUCUGAGAAUCCUGGAUCUGAAGCACAACCGGCUGGAUGUUCUUCCAGAACAUGCGCUCCGCUAUCUGCCCAACCUGACCUAUUUAGAUCUAUCCUCAAAUCAGCUUACCGUUAUAUCCAGGGAUGUCUUCUACAGCUGGCCUGUCUACCAGAGAAGCCAGAGGGCAGAGAGGCACAUAGAAGCUAUUUCCAAUGCUGUCCUGGCCCUUCAUGACAACCCCUGGAUUUGUGACUGUCGCUUGCGGGGGUUUGUCCAGUUCAUCAAGUCGGUUGGCCCACCUAUUAUUCUGAUGAAUUCCUAUUUAACUUGCUCAAGCCCAAAAUUCAGAGCAGGGAAAUUUUUUCAUGAAGUGGAGCUAAACAGCUGCAUGAAGCCCCUGACCUCAGCCCCUGACACCAAUCUGACAGUCCCUGUGGGGCUGAACAUCACCCUGACCUGCUUUGUGCAAGGCAGCCCUUCCCCAGCUGUGUGGUGGACCUAUGCACUCAAGCGCUUCAGGGCAUUUAAUGUGUCCACUGAGCCCAUCAACGAGGAGACUGUCCGCUCAGAGCUGCUGAUCCCAGCAGCACGGCCAGCAGAUACCGGCAACUACACCUGCAUGGCUGCCAACUUCUUGGGCAACAUGUCAGUGGCCAUCACCCUGCAUGUGGGGGCCCCGUGGGCAUCCACCACCACCCCAGGAUGGGCCUCCAUCGUCCCUGCUGAGCCAGGUGCCCACGUAGAAGUGCACAUCGCUAAGCAAACCGUCUAUGGCAUCACCCUGGAGUGGUUUGCAGCUGCAGCGGCAGCAGCAGAACCAGGUGAGACCUGGUACACGCUCCUGGUGGGCCGCUACGAUGCCGCCCAGAAGGACACCAUCUAUAUUGGCCCAGGCAUCAACACAUACUCAGUGACUGACCUGCUGCCUGCUACCAAGUACGAGGUCUGCGUCGCGGUGCGAAACCAGGCACCCCGUAAGGGCCAGUGUGUUGUCUUCGUCACGGGCAGCGACAUCAGCCAGCUGGAGCAGCGCGAGAAGCUCAUCCACAUCAUCGUCAUCGUCUGUGCCAUGGUGCUGGCCGUCGAGGACGGGCUCUGCCGCCCCGAGGGCGGCCGCGGCGCCCGGCGGCCCCAGGCCCGUGAGGAGCCGGGCAAGACUCGCCCGCCCCACAGGAACAGCGCCGACCUCUACUAG